ACAAUGGGAACGGAGUUUUUGGUUGCAGCAACUCUGUAGAAACUCUGGAUAGCAAAAUGCUUAGGGAGAGAAUUCGACGGACCAAAAUAGGACUGGCCAACAAGGGCAAAGUGCCUUGGAACAAAGGAAGGAAACACACUGCAGAGACCAGGGAGCGAAUCAAGCAAAGAACACUGGAGGCAUUGAGAGACCCUAAGGUUAGAAACAAGAUGUCUGAACAUCCUCGCACUCAUAGUGAUCAAAGCAAGGCAAAAAUAAGUUCUUCACUGAGACGUGUUUGGCAAAAGCGUUUGAAAUCAAAGAGAUUGAAGGAGCAGUUUUACCUUUCAUGGGCAGAAAGCAUAGCAAAUGGGGCUCGGGAAGGAGGAAUUGACCAAGAAGAGCUAGAUUGGAAUAGCUAUGAUAAGAUAAAACAACAAUUGGAGCGCCAUCAGCUAUUAUGGGCUAAGCAAAAGGAAAAGGAAAGCAGAUCGCUGUUGCCAGAGCAAAGAAAUUCAUGGAGUUAUGGGCUAUAA